GCGCGGGCGGAGCGGGUGCGCAGUAGGGGAUGCGCGGUAACGAUGGCCGAAGUCGCGGUCGGCCAGGCGUCCGACUUGGUCCCCUCAGAGAUGGAUCAUGAAGUGAUAUACAGUCAUCUUCAGGGACCAUUAGAGGGUACUAUAGAACCAGCUACUCCAACUGAAGUCGUCAGCAAUGGGGCACCUCUCCAGCCUGCCCCUGCUGAACUGGCCAAUAGCCAAGGUGGAGCACAUGUUCAGCCUGCCCCUGCUGAAGUGGUCAGCAGCCAAGAUGGACUGCCCACUCUACAGCCUCUGCCACCAGCAUCCAUUGAUUUGACGGAGGAAGUACAGCCCUCAGAAGAAAAUAUGGAGGUUGUCAAUCCUGGAACUUCAGAGGAGCCUAGUCAGGGAUCUGGUGCUAACCCAACCGCCGGAGCUGCUAGAUCCGUUUCAAUGAACAACUUCAUCAGCGGGCUGCAGAGGCUUCAUAACAUGCUGGAAUUGCUGAGACCUCCACCUGCAGACCACAGUGUGGGGCCAAUAAGAACAAGGAGGAGGAUGGCACCCAUUUUGAGGGCCAGAGCUGGAGAGUCUCAGAGGCAAGACAAUGGCAGGUAUGUGCCACAUACACCACUAUAUGCCUACUUUCAGGUAAGCAGGUCUCAGCCUUACCCACUACCCGCUGCUCAUGAUUCAGAGACCAGGAAUCCACCGUCAGGCACUGACUCUGACAGCGAUGGCUCUGCAGAGGAUGAAGAGGUUGUUGUCCAGGCAGAAGAACCUGAAGCCAACAUUCCAGAACAAGGAGUUAUCGCAACAGACCAAGAAGCUACAUCUGUCACAGGAGAUGAUGCAGUCCCUAAAGAGUCUCCCCAGAAGCCCAACAUGCUAUCUGCUAUGGAAGAUGAGGAAGGUGAAACUUGCACAAUAUGUUUGGAACAAUGGACCAAUGCUGGGGACCACCGGAUCUCAGCGCUACGCUGUGGGCACCUCUUUGGAUUUAGAUGCAUUUCUAAAUGGCUCAAAGGACAAACACGAAAAUGUCCUCAGUGCAACAAGAAAGCCAAGCACAGUGACAUCGUUGUCAUUUAUGCCCGAUCCCUGCGAGCUUUGGACACUAGUGAACAGGAGCGCAUGAAAAGUGACUUACUGAAUGAGCAAAUGCUCAGGAAGCAAGCUGAGUUAGAGUCUGCACAGUGCCGGCUCCAGCUUCAGGUCCUUAUUGAUAAGUGCACUAAACUCAAUAGCCGUGUCCAGGACUUGGAAAAGUUUGUUGUGCGGCAUCAGAACUCAGCUGCGCAGCAGUGCAGUCGCUCGAAAGCACUUUGUGGGAAAUGCCUGUCCUCCAGCCAGAGCCCAGGCAAAUACAGCUCAGAAAAGACCUUCACCAUAUCUCAGACGGGAAAAUGCCGAAUCUUGGCCUAUUGUGAUGGUCUGAGCUGCCUGGUGGCCUCCCAGCCCUCCCCUCAGGCCUCCUUUCUUCCAGGCUUUGGUGUUAAGAUGUUGAGUACUGCCAACAUGAAGAGCAGUCAGUAUAUUCCUAUGCACAACAAGCAGAUUCGUGGAUUAUCUUUCAGCAGUCAGUCCAAAGGCUUGCUCCUGUCUGCCUCCCUUGACUGCACUAUUAAGCUGACCAGCCUAGAAACAAAUACUGUGGUGCAGACUUACAACACUGGGCGUCCUGUCUGGAGCUGCUGCUGGUGUCUUGACGAAAACAAUUACGUCUAUGCUGGACUAGCCAGUGGUUCAAUUCUGAUCUAUGACUUACGGAACACAAACACCUAUAUUCAGGAAUUAGUUCCUCAGAAAGCCAGAUGUCCUCUGGUAUCCCUGUCAUAUUUACCCAAAGCUGCAGUGGCUGCAUUUCCUUAUGGUGGGGUGCUGGCUGGAACAUUGGAGAAUGCCUCCUUCUGGGAGCUAAAAUCAGACUUUUCUCAUAAGCCUCAUGUGCUGUCCUUGGAGCCAGGGGGCUUUGUAGACUUUCAGACAGAGAGCAGCACCCGACACUGUCUUGUGACUUACAGACCUGAUAAAAGCCAUAACACUGUCCGAACUGUGCUAUUGGAGAUGUCUUACAAACUGGACGAUGCUGGAGAGCCGGUCUGUUCCUGUCUUCCUGUACAAACAUUCCUUGGGGGACCCACUUGCAAACUGUUGACCAAAAGUGCCAUCUUCCAAAGCCCAGAGAAUAAUGGCAAUGUCCUAGUAUGUACUGGGGAUGAAGCGUCACAGUCUACACUGUUGUGGAAUGCUGGCAGUGGCUUGUUGCUGCAGAACCUGAAGGCUGGUGAACCUGUCCUGGACAUCUGCCCAUUUGAAACGAAUCAGAACAGCUAUCUGGCCACCUUGACAGAGAAGACUGUCCAUAUGUACAAGUGGGAGUGAGCAUGGUCUUGAGACUUGCAGACUCACCGCUGCUAGUUAACGUUGCAUUGAUUUAGCACCUAGUACCCCUGAGCAGAGAUAUCUGUUUACAUGCUGGGACUGGAGCGUCUGGAUCAUGGUUCAUUGGAUUAGUGUGGUCAUGUAUCACUGAGACACCAGGAUUGUGUGUGCUGUUGGCAUCAAAUGAGUACCCUUGGGAAUCUUGCCUGGAAAUUUUUUUACUUAAAUUCUAUACAGUCCUCUCAACUUGCUAUUUAGAAUAUGAGUAUGCACCAAGCAUUUUGGGGUUGUGAUAACCAACCAACCAACCUAAAUUGUCUUGUCAGUUAGGCUAAUUGGCUUAAAAGUGGUACAUGAAAGGUCUGCCUUGCUUCUUGGAUGCAAAAGAUACAGGAGAGAGUCUUCCACUAAGCAUAAAGGGCACCAUUAAUAUCUUGUGUGGAAUUUGACCUAUUUCCAAGUCUGAAUGCUCAUAACCUUUCAGUGACUUGAUUUCUCCCAUACCCCUGCACUGCUGUCUGCCCCCAGUGUCUGGUACUUCUGUGAGAUAUGCUUUGUGGCAACAAGUUACAUCCCAGGUAUCCAUGCCUACUAGAAUGUUGAUAAGUCCAAUGGUGGAAUUGGCUGACUAGCUAGCCAUAUGUAAAGGCAUAGCUUUAAGCUUUGUGCAGUAAGUUCAUUGCAUUGUGAGAGGUGAGGAAAGGGAAGAGGUGUUUGGGCAAUUGUUAAAGACUUGAAAUUUUCUAGUUAGCUUGAGAUACUCAGGAGCCUGGCUUUUACUCGAACUCACCCCCCAAAGUCAAUGCUGAAGGAUAGAUAAUUCCCAAGUAAAAACUUCCCCUCCUGUUCUACUUUUUUCUGAAAAUGAAGUGGUUAUUCUCAGGAAGUUAAUAGUGGCUAGAGAUCUGUAGGUGACAGAAAGGAAGACACUCAGAAACUUCCAUUCUUGUGGUCCCAAAUUGUCCAGCAUUUAGAGGUAUGCUCAGGUUAUAUUUGUCUGCUUUGCCUUAGGCUACUCCACUAAGCCACUGCCCCUAAGACACCUUGUCUCAAGGCAUAGGCAACAUGUCUGAUUCUCUCAGAUGUUCUUUGAUGAAGCACUAUCUUUUUUAAAUAAAAGUUCUUUCAUGCCUAUCAAACUCAGCUAUUUUGGGGACCUGUACUGCCAGCAAGGGAUUAUUAAGGGAAAAUUGUUAAUUUUCCCAGAAUUCCAAGUUGUGGCUUUAUCUGCUUAAUGAAACCUAUUUGAAGAUGUGUAAUUUGUUUUGUUUUUAAAACUUAAAGUAAGCUUUAAAAAUGUCAGCUUCCAGACAGUUGAGGUAAUACAUGCCUUUGGUCCCAGCACGCUGAAGGCAGAAACUGGUAGAUCCCUAUGAGUUCAAGGCCACCCUCACUACAAAGUAGGUUUUGGACAGCCAAAAGCUAUAACACGGAGAAAAAGGGGGGGGGGGGGGCAAAAGAAAAAUGUUAGCUUCCACAGCGUAGAGGAAAGUCGCCUUCUCUCCCUUUCUUCCCCCAGGUGCUUUUGAUAGAGUGAUGCUUAAGAGUAGCUGCCUGGGCCUGGAGCUUCGAUUUCAGGAUAGGAUUCAAAUUAAAUAGAAUUCAACUAACUAAAGCAGAUGGCCACAAUAAAAGCUGUGCGUGUCAGGUUAGUCUGGGGCAGGGUUAGGAUAUGACUUGCCUUGAAGGACAUUUAAGGCUGACUGGGGAUUUGCUACCACAGAAGCUAAGCUAAAUACCAAGCCUUGCCGUGGCAAUUUGCAUUUCCACAAUAAAUUUGGAUUGGGGUGGGGGAGUGCCAGGACCUCAACCUGGUUAAGGUUUUUGCUCUACCACUGAGCUGUAUUAGAAGCCCAAAUCUGUGAUUUGGAAGCAGAUUCACAGUAUGGACCGAUUGACCAAAGACAACCUUAUUGCAAGAAACUUCAUCUCUAAACCUGGGCUCUAGUCUUAGCACCAGCAAGAUCUGUUUUGUUUUAAAAUCUUGUCAUAGGGCAUUGGGAUUUCUGAAUAUCUGCUGUCCUGUGUGUGUUUCAAUGUUUUAAUGUUAACAAAAUAAAGAAUUUGUAAGGUGUC